AUGUCUACAUUUCCAUAUACAUAUGACGAAGCAGUUCAAAAUCAAAUAGAUGAUGCAAUAUUUCAAGUAAACUUAGAAAACCAUUUAAAUAUACACCCAGAAGAAUUACAUGAUAAAAUAUUUAAUAAACCUCCAGAAAAUGGAAAUAAUGAUAAGUUACAAAAUGCCAUUAAUGUUGAUAAAAAAAUAGAUGAUCUAAAAAAAACCAAGCUUAUAAAUAAAAAAUAUACUGGGGUUUCAGUAUCUGCUUUAUUAGCAUUCUCAGCUAUUUAUUUUGGAAUAAAAUUAUUGGUAAAUAAAAUGAAAAAAAAAAACACAAACGAUGAAAAAUCUACUAAAGACACACAGUAA